AUGAGUAACUGUGAAUCCGGUUGGACUCUCUACUUAGAUCUCGGUACUUAUGAUCAAGAUCAUCAAGAAAUGAGUGUUUCUAGCACUACUCAUGAAAAGAUCAAGCACAAAGAAGAUGAUCAUGAUCAAGAUCAAGAAGAAGAAGAAGAAGAUUCGUCUAUGGUCUCCGAUGCAUCCUCCGGGCCUCCACAUUUCCAAGAAGAUGACAUCGAAGAUGGAAUAUGCUUCCGCCAAUCGUUGUCCAUUGAUGCUACAUUACUCGAGCUCGGAAAUAGUUCGAGUGUGAAGAGGCGGAAAAUACAAGAGUCUAACCCUUCAUUCCUAGACGACGAUGCAAGUUCUCCAAUCUUGAGAAUAUUUCUUUAG